AUGACACUCUGCCUCAAUCGCCUGCAAGAAGAGCGGAAACAAUGGCGCCGAGACCAUCCGUUCGGCUUUGUCGCAAAGCCUAAGCGUACUGCGCAGGGCACUUUUGACUUGAAGAACUGGGAGUGUGCAGUGCCUGGCAAAAAAGAUACUCUCUGGGACGGCGGCGUUUUCAAACUGGAUGUGAUUUUUCCAGAUGAAUAUCCUACCAAGCCCCCCAAGUGCAAAUUCAAUCCUCCUCUUUUCCACCCCAAUGUGUAUCCGUCUGGCACUGUCUGCCUGUCAAUUCUGAACGAGGAAGAAGACUGGCGUCCAGCCAUCACCAUUAAACAGAUUCUUCUUGGUAUUCAAGACCUCUUGGAUGAUCCGAACCCCGAUUCACCCGCCCAGGCCGACGCCUACAAUCUGUUUAAGAAGGAUAAGCCCGCCUAUGAGCGGCGGGUCCGUCAAGUCGUCAAGGAAAAUCCACCUAUUUAA